AUGGGCCUCAUCCCGCUCAUACGAAGUGCAAUGUACGGCGGCACAGAUUCACCCUUUUCUCCAGGUGGAAGUAGCCAUUCCCCGAUACGGAUGCACGUCUAUGGACCACCUGGGAUCCGCAAAUUUGUCCGUUUCAAUCUUCAGAUUACCGAAGUGGGUCUCUUUGGCAAAUUCGCCGUGCACGAACUCUUGCAAAUGGACGAAGCGCCGUCCACCGGGUGCAAAAAUGAGGAUAUGCACGAAAACGAAGUUGCUGGACAGGAUCUCAUCGCGGGUGAGGAUGGCCUUUGGAGGAAUAUUUUGGAGGCUGGCGAAUGGUCCGUUGACGCUGGUCCAGUCACGCAUCGUACGCGUUCUCUGGGCUAUGUCUUCCGCGAACGAGGCUCAUCAAGCAUCGGCGGCGCAGCGUACAUUGCUGCCAUUGAUGCCAACGACGCUCAGCUACGCGCCAAUGGACACCGUAACCCACGCUCUCUCCUCUCUGUUCUCCUCAAAAAGCGCCAGCCAGUCUCGUUACCUGACGGCACCGUACUCGAGCCACCACCGCUCGAUAUACCUGGACGCAAGAUCGUUAUCCUGGGCGAUACCAGCAACUCGGACAAGAUGAUUCCAAUAGCCAUGGAUGCAAGCGCGUUGGUGCAUGAAUGUACGAACGCGUAUAUACCGAGGAACGUGGCCAAUAAUGUAAGAGGGAUGAAUGGUCGUGGCACAGAGGAGAUUGUAAAGGCCAAAGCCAUCUCAAGGGGCCAUUCAACAGCUAACAUGGCAGGCGAAUUCGCAAAGAAGAUUCGUGCCAGGAGGCUGUACAUGAAUCACUUUAGCACACGAUUCAGCCCUGGUGGUCAAUCACCGCAUCCGGGUAUUGGGCGAGGCAAACCCAGCUCAGCGCAAAAGGAGGCUGCACUUGUCAUGGCGGAGAUUGAAAGGCAAGCAAGUGAGGCUUGGGGACUCGGAAACGCCGUCGCAGCAAAAGACCUACAAAUAGUUGAUAUACAGCACCACGAGGUAGUUCUUCCCACACCACCAUCUACCUCAUUUCCGAUAGAACAGAAGGUGUCGACAUCCACGCAAGCUAUAAUUCUAGAUGGGGGAGGGGAGGAAGCCUGGGAACGUCGAAUCGAAGAGGAGGUCAAAGCGGAGCUGUAA